AUGGGACGUGACAAUCGAAUUCCUAAAGAUUUCCCAUUGGAAAAUGUAGCUGCAAUGAAGAAAACGCAUAGCGGAAUAGCUACAGCUGCUCUUGAAAAAGAAGACAGCAUUCUUAUUUGCAUGUGGUUAGAUAGUAAUGUUGUAUCUGUCGUUUCAAUAGCCCAUGGUUUGCAACCCAUGGCCAGGAAAGAUGAUUGUCAAAAGGCGAUUGCUAAGUCACCAGGACCAUCAACAUCUUCUGAUUCCAGAUCUUCACAUGUUCAUAUUCGGUAUGAUCGACUGGAUCACUUUGUUGAACCAAUUUCCAAGUGCAAGUGA